GCGUGGGGGAGGAGCAGCGCGCGCGCGUGCGUGUGUGGCGGAAGCGGCGGGGCGGGGAUGUGGAGAGCAGGCAUGGCCGCCGGGGACGGGGUGGCCGCGGCGCUGCGGGCCGUCACCGAGCAGGUGCAGCAGGCGGCAGCGCGGAGGCCGCAGGGGCUCCCGGCUGUGCAGCCGCGGCUGGUGGCCGUCAGCAAGACAAAGCCGGCGGAGAUGGUGCUGGACGCCUACAGCCACGGGCAGCGCAGCUUCGGCGAGAACUACGUUCAGGAGCUGCUAGAAAAGGCGUCAGACUCCAGAAUUCUGUCGUCUUGUCCGGAGAUUAAGUGGCAUUUUAUUGGCCAUCUGCAGAAAAAUAAUGUCAACAAGUUGAUCGCUGUCCCCAACCUGUUCAUGCUGGAAACGGUGGAUUCUGUGAAACUGGCAGACAGAGUCAACAGCUCGUGGCAGAAAAAAGGGUCGACUCAGAGGCUGAAGGUCAUGGUGCAAGUGAACACCAGCGGAGAAGACAGUAAGCAUGGCGUUCCUCCCGCAGACACCGCGGCUGCCGUGGAGCACGUCAUCAACAAGUGUCCGAGCCUGGAGUUCGUGGGGCUGAUGACGAUUGGCAGCAUUGGGCAUGACCUCAGCAAGGGCCCAAAUCCUGACUUCCAGAUGCUGCUGUCCCUGCGGCAGGAGGUGUGUGAAAAGCUGAAUCUCCCCGUGGAGAAGGUGGAGCUGAGCAUGGGCAUGUCCACAGACUUCCAGCAUGCGAUAGAGGUUGGAUCCACCAACGUCAGGAUCGGAAGCACAAUUUUUGGAGAGCGAGAUUAUUCAAACAAAGCUGCUGAGGGCAAAGCCGCUGCUGAAACUAAAGGCAAAAUGGAGACCACGGCAGCGCAGGGGCAUUAGGUAGAGAAGACAGUGGCCCCGCCAGAGGACGGCUGAUGGGAGAGCUCACUAUGCAUCCUCACCUCCCUCCGUGUCCGCACCCCACCGGCACGCUGAGGGGAAAUUCCUCGUGACAGAACAGAGGCCAGAAAUGUCUCAUAAUUUGUUGUGAUUAUAGAGCACACCUAGAAACUGGACAUUUUAAUAAACAACCAAUGGUAAGAAAUUUGUGGUUGAAAGAGACUGUAGUAUCUUGGCUCCUUCAGAGUCAUUAAGAACAGUGACUUUGGAUAACGAAGCUGAACAAACUAGGUAUUUGUCAGGAUGGAGUUGCUAACGAGCAAGAGGUAUCUGCAGCAGUGUUGGUGAUUGUGUUCUUGCUGAGGACUAAAUUCUUCAUUAAACAAGUUAUAAUAUUGCCAGAGACCUAUAAAUGUUUCCCAAAUAAAAGGUUUGCACAGAGGGGGUCACUGGUGAGGGAUGCUGACACGGGAACUGUGACAGCGUGUGCUGUGACACCGGAGGGACUCCAUCAUUCAAACAGCGACGGACAAGCCCGGGAGGAUGGACCAGGAGUGCAGUUGCCAGCAGUUUGGAUGCAGGUCACACGCUGGGGAGAGACUUUGGGGCUGGAGUCGGUACUUGUUCUUUUCAGGCUGACACCGCCAACUUUUCCCGUUGGUUCCGUGUCUGCUCCUGUCUUCUGGGAUGUUGUCAACCUCCCCUUCCCCUCUUGUGAAGUGUUGUCAGGGGUUAUUUUUAUCCUAUGUAGUAGUUCUUGAUGCUCUAAGUUCUUUUUGGUCAGACUGGGGCUUUUCCGCGGGGUCCUCGUUCCACACCAGCAUCUGCUGCUUCCCAAGGCGGUCACUUGCGCGUGUGGUGCCCCCACCACCCCGUCGCCAUCUGUGUGAGGAUGAAUACAAUACUCGCCCGUCUCGCGGGGCAGCAGCAAGGUUUGCCAGAGGCCCUUUGGGAAAAGUACUUCAGAAAGUGAGGUGUUGUUAUCCCACCGCGUGCUGGGUUCCUGAACACCCCAGUGUCCCCGGCAGAGCUGCUCUAAUAUGGCAAGGCCGGCACAGCCCUCGCUUCUGGAGGACACAGCGGGACGGCUCACUGCGGUACCGUUUCCUCAGCCGUCAGCAGAAGCUCCUGCAUCACAGCACGUGCUGUUUGGCCAGCGGCAGCUACAGCAAGUCCCUCGUAACCUGCGUUACAACCGCAUCUUUGGGCUUUUUUGUGCUGCUGAGAGGAGGAGACGCGGGCUGGCGGCAGCAACAUCCUUCCCAGGCUUUUCUCUGUGUGCGUGCGGUUCAGUCUCGCUGCUGGUUUUACUCUCUGACUAUAAACGCUGAAUGUAAAUGAAGAGCCAACGCAAAGCCGACCUGUCAUAGCUACUGGUGUAGACGCGACGCGCGGGCCGGGCCGCCCUCCCCGGCUGCGCCGUGUGCGGCUCCGUAGUCCAUUCAUAAAACGUGGUGAAUUUUAAUACCAUCUGUGCCAACUAUAAAGCUAAUAAAGAUGUUAUUUUUAUGUUC